AUGUGGGUGAUCGUCUCUGCAGGGCAACAGAGGAGACAGCUGCAAGACUGCCAAGCAGCCAAGGAAAGGCUGAAAUGCCCAARUGCAAAACCCUUUUCAAAGGACUGGACUAAUCACCGGAAUCCACACUUAGAAUCAGUUUCUAAACUCAAACAUGCUGACAGGAACAAGAAGAAUGCUCUUGGGAAUGUCAUGGAGGRUGCUCAAGGGAAUGGCAAUCUCAGAGCCAAAUCCACACAGCACGCUGGCCACACUGCUCAGCAGAAGCCUUCAAAUACAUCCCAGAGAACAGCAGGGAUGCAUCCAGUGCAGCCAGGGAAGAAAGCAAAGCUUCCUGCUCCUGCACAGUCCACAGGCAGGCUCCCAUCUUCAAGCUCUGGUCACUUAAAUCCAGAAAGAAACCAGAAGUCUGCACAGGAGACUGUCACUGCAGCAAUACCUCAGGUGGGAAGUGACCACCCCCCUUCUGGAGCACCUUGCUCCCUGAACGAGGGGCUGCAGGACAGGCUGGUCUGCCACAAGGAAAACCUCGACCCACAUGGCUCCACUCGCCCAGAGCUGAUCAGAACUUUGCAAUCUGAUGGAAGCAGUCUUGGGAAGAAGAAAGUCUUGGCCCACAGGCAAAGCUCAGCCAUAAUGUCAAGGCCUGUUUUGGGUCCAAAAGACAAAAUUAGUAACCGCCAGGCUAAGGAAGAGGCAGUUCCAGAUAAAUUCAGGAAAAUGCUGCCAGACUCAAAGAGCGUAUCUCAAAAAACAAGUGUCAGAACUCACCUGCUGCAGCACUCUCAGUUCCCUCCUGCUUCUGCUAAUUUGCUACAUAAAAACCCAGGGAUAAACCAGAGAAAAACUACUACAGUGAGGCAACCUGUAGGAAAGCCACCUGGUACUGCUCCAGAGAGAAGUCUUAAGCACCACAGCCAACCUCUCCCAGUGAGAAGAUUUCCCACCAAGCCUCCCACCUUGGACAAGCCCCAGGGGACCACAAACUUGAAAUCCAGCCUGAACCCAAGUGUCACUUUGCCACGGCCAAGGCCCAUGGUUAAGGAGGGGAUGGACAGAAAGAACAUGAAGGUGGUGCCUCCUGGACACACAGCAGCAUCCCAAGGGACAGGCCACCCAAACCAGUCUCGCAGCAUACACAACUCCAAAACUCGUGUUCAGUCACUGGAGAGUGAUUUGAGGAGCAGGAGAGAUCARCUUAAACCACUGCUCAGCAUGCAGGCUAGGCGUGUUCCUCGGACCCCRUCAGCUGCAGAUCGUAAGAAACAGCUGGAGGAGUGGUUGGCAUCCAAAGGCAAGAAAUACAAGCGGCCACCGAUGAUGCUGCUUCAGAAGCAGGAGGUGAAGCCAUCCUGCAGAAAGGUCAAAGCAAAAGAGAAGCAAGAGAAUCCAGAGCAACGCUACCAAAUGAAGAUCAACAACAUAUUAACUGAGUGUCUGAAGCUYGUUGAGGAGGGUGUCCAGGCAGAGGAGCUCUCAGCAGUGCUGUCCCUUGUGCCCCAGCCAGAGAAAUUUGCCAAAUUCUGGAUCUGUCAGGCAAAGCUGCUGGCCCGGAAUGGCCCCUUUGAUGUGUUGCAGCUGUACAGAGAAGCAGUCAGCGCUGGGGCUGAGCCAGUUGAGGAGCUCAGGGAAACUGCUCUCAAKAUGUUGAAGGAUGCAGGCCAGACACUGGAAGGAGAACAGACCAAGGACCCCAUUCCUUGGGAGCUUAUGACGCCUUGUCCAGGUGAGAGACAGCCCGCAGAAUCAACUCCAGCCCUGGUGGGGAGGCCCCUGACCUCCCUCCCCAUCUCAGUCAAGUUACAGGUUACAUCUGCAUCCAGAGGAAGGGAGCUCCUGGAAGGCCCRGAAUUGAAAUUUCUGACACCCGUGCGGCGCUCGCUACGGAUUGAGCGGGCUGGGAGUUACUACCCACAGAUGCUGAAGGACCAUGACCCYGUGGUGUCAUCCCUCAGUGAAAUCCUGGAUGCUGAGGAGGAGACUUGCUUCUUCUUCMGGAAAAACAAGGCUUUGCCAGAAGUGACAGAGCUGGAAGGUUUGAGUUCAUACCCACCCCCUCAAGGGCUCCUGAGCGGUUCCCAGCAGGGGCAGGCUCCCUGCCCACCGUGCUGCCUCAUAGAGGCUCCACUGACUCCUCUUGCUGCCCCCCAGAUGGAGGGGGGAGGAGAUGGCACACAAUAAGCCAGUUUCAAAUAUCUAAAUGCUGUUUUUAAAAUAUAUUAAAAUUUGCAGUUGAGAGGUGUGUGGGCUUGUGAGUGSUGUGGAGACACCAGCUGUGUUUCCUGGGCUUGUGUCCCCCAGGACUGCCCUMAGCUCCUCAACCAUGACACAUGCUCCAGUUUUCCUGUCAGUUGGAUUUCAGUGCUCCAGGCACCUCCCAGUGUUUGGAACCAAUGUCCUGAGGGAUCUGCUCUGGAGCUGCCUUGUGCCCUACCUGGGCAGUGUCUGGAUGUCCCCUUCUGUGAGGCAGAUGCACACUCCCUAUCUGGAGGCUCUGCCUGAGGGGCUGGGGGACCUGCAGCACCCCAGCAGCUUCUGUGCAGGCCCCAAGAUUCACAGCAGC